CAUAUAACGCCGUUGGAACCGUUCUAUCUAUCCAUUUUUUAGUCUCUCUCUUACACUUUCUCUCUCUACAACUUUGAAUUUCAAUUUCAUCCUUGAAUCGCAAACCUACUAGCCUAUAUGCUCCUCACUUUCCUCAUCAUCAUUUCAAUCUGAUACUCACUUUUCCCUUUUGAUUGUUCACUUUAAUUCGUUUCUCCCUCUCAAGAAAUGACAACACCAGUUGUGAAGAACAACUUCUUGCCACCCGGGCUGGUGUCCAAUCUUGAACAAGUUCUGUUAAGCCGAAAAACCGAUGGCGGAGAAGAUGGUGAGUCGUCUAAUCCCAAUGAAAAAGAGGACGAUUCCAGUAAUAAAGGGGAUUCCUCCGAGCCCAGUGUUGAUGAUGGGUCAAAACCCAUAAUUUUGGUCACGAAUAGUGAUGGUAUUGAGUCCCCGGGCCUCUCGUAUUUGGUCGAGGCUCUCGUUCGCGAAGGGCUCUACAAUGUCCACGUUUGCGCCCCUCAAUCGGAUAAAUCGACAUCCGGGCAUUCUUUAUCACUAAAGGAGACGAUUGAGGUGGUUUCUGUUGAUAUUAAUGGUGCCACUGCUUACGAAGUUUCUGGAACUCCUGUGGAUUGUGUAUCAUUAGCUUUAUGUGGUUCACUAUUUACAUGGUCUAAGCCCCUGUUGGUUAUAAGUGGUAUCAACAAGGGUUUUAGCUGUGGUCACCACAUGUUUUAUUCGGGCGUUGUUGCUGGGGCUAGGGAAGCAUUGGUUAAUGGUGUGCCAUCUAUAUCAAUAUCAUUAAACUGUGAUAGGAAGAAAGAUGGAAGUAAGGAAAGUGACUUCAAGGAUGCUGUGACUGUUUGCUUACCGUUGAUACAAGCGAUGAUAAGAGACGUGGAGAAGGAUGUUUUCCCCAAAAGUUGUUCACUAAAUGUAGAAAUUCCAACCUCUCCCUUGACAAACAAGGGAUUCAAGGUUACCAGGCAAAGUCUUUGGAGGUCUACUCUUAUCUGGCAAGCCAUUUCAGGCACCAGGCAUCAGGCUGCUUCACGGUUUGCCAGUCAGCAAAACAAUGCUAUGCAGCUUGCCCAGCUUGGACGUGAUGCUUCUGCUGCUGGUGCUGCUCGCCGUUUGGCCACACAAAAAAAGAAUAUUGAGAUAGUUGAAUCAGUUGGUGCUGCAGGGAAGUCCGAUUUUAAGCGAACUGUGAAGUAUUUCCGACUAGAGAUGCUUGACAAAGAGCAGGAAGAAGAAGAUGAAGAUCUUGAUUUUAAAGCCCUUGAAAAUGACUUUGUUGCAGUUACCCCAAUCUCUUUAUCCAUGCCAGUAGAGACUGAGACUAAAAUAGCUGCUUCGGAAUGGAUUUCAUCUGCGCUGCAAGUCGAGCAAUAAAAAAACACCUUUCCAGUCGACAUAGUCGGUACUUUUUGCACAUUUGAAGAGGGAAUUCAGUCUUUUCUGCCUUUAUUUGGAUUUUUAAUUUUUUUUAAUUUUUAUUUUUUCUCCUUCUUAGUUUUGUAGUACUCUGGAGCAAAUGCUUCACUUGUUAAUUUAUAUGAUUGGCAAAGUUGUAAAAUGCCAAUCCUUCACCUAGUUUCUUUGCCGCUGACAAAAAUGCGCCGUCAUGUUGUUUUACCAUAUUGCCUUGCUUCAACUUAUUGUAUGUGGGCGAGGUGCUUGUUGGUGUUCGUUAGUUCAUGGUUGUAUUCCACCUUGUAACUGGACGUAGCCAGGUCUGUACGUUUAGAUCUGGUGCUGCGCCUGAUAGCAAUGAUUGUAUAAAAUUACUGAUUUGUUUGUGAAAUUGCCCUUUGUUUU